AUGUUGCUACAGAGCUGUACUGCUCAUGACUUGAAAUUUGCAGCUAUAUUGGAAGAUAUCCACAUGGAUGACAUGCAGGAGAUGUGGGAGUCGCUAACGAGUUCCACUCCAGCUGCCCGCCGAGAUGACAAGAACGAUCCACGAGAGCCACCACCUCCGGCAACCCCUCUCGAAUUUCCCCGCUGUGAGCCUUCGAAGCUUCCAGUCACUGAGUCCGGUGUGUCAAAUGACCUUGUCAAGCUAUUCAGCAGUACUCUCAGAACCGGCCCAACGGCAAAGCACCUCCAAGCUUUGAAUGUCAGUCUAGCAAACGAGCUCUCCUUAGAGCAAGUCGUCCCUACAGACUUCAUUCCACAUUCCUCCUGGUCAAAAUAUCCUGCAGCAAGUGAACCUUCGGAGUCAUCCCAAGCCGCAUUGUCAAGGUCAAAAUCAUUGAGUAACGGAGCACCAAUCCCGGGAAAAGACGAAUUCUUCGUCCGAGUAAAGGAACUUUUACAUAGCAAUGAGGAUGCCUUUUGUGCCAUUCAACGCAAGCCUCCUCUUCCAAAUCGUCAGCCUGCCCGCAUCGUUCACUUUCGCAAGUUCUGGGAAGGCUUGCUUCUGGUGGCUGAGCAUUGGGAUACCAGUCUUGACAAGUACUCGGACAGCAAACAUACAGAGAGCAAGUCUGCUAUGGAUGUAGAUGAGCUACGUUCAGAAGCAACCGAGGCUGGGCCGAAAAUGGAGACAGACAAGGGUGGAGAACUAAAGAAGACGUAUACAGGACAUCGCACGGGGACGGGCCGAGACAUGCCAGGCAAAUACCGCGAGGACACAGCCUUCGCCUUUGUCGAGACACUCACCUGGGCUUUUUGUUGCAGGCUAGAGCAACCCCAUUCACAACAGAGACUCAACUUACAAGGCACCAUCAUCCCCAUUCUACACGCAGCAUCAGUCCAUCGCGUGCCAGAAGAUGUCCGAGAAGCGAGGAGAGGGGUGGCAGAGGGGCCGAUGUUAGGUGUUUUCUGCAGAGAGCAAACCUCAUUUCGUGGCCUUGACGAAGUUGAAGGUGAAGGAAAGCAGGAGAUCUUGGAUUUGCUUCGAGAGACUGGCUUGAUGUUGAUGCUGGCUCAGAAACGAGCGAGAGAAGGAAAGGAGGAAGAGGUGCCAGGUAAGGGCAAAUGGUGGGCAAACGCACCUCGGUGGGGUGGUGGCGCUGGCGGUGAGCUAGGAGUCGCCGACGAAGAAACCACUGGAGACCCCACAUCAUUCGAAUUCUCACGCAAAAGACUGAAGAAGUCGAGCCGCAUGGACGCUUGGAUGAGUUUGCAACCGCCUUCCAGCAUCUGGGAGAGAGGCGUGAGGUAUCAACAACUUGGGAAAGAUAAGAAUAGCGAGUAUGACGACAUCUAUCUGGUCUCAGCCAUCAACCACCACAUUUCCAUCCUCCACCUUCGCAUCCACCAGAAAUAUAUCGACUAUCUUCUCAAAACCCCAGAUCAAUCCAAGGUCUCCAACGCACCGCAGCAGACAUGGUAUGCACUUGAGAUGAAGCGAUCAAAAUGGUUCGACCUUCUUAUCGCGGACGACAGAGUGGAAGCAAUGAGAGGCAUCUGGGCCAUCCUGGGCUGGCAGAUGAGAGACAUGACGGAAGAUACAGACAAAGACGAUGUUGGGGGGACUGCCUAA